CAUUUUGUCCACGAGGGGCGGUAGUAGGCUAUACGUGAGAUACCCCUUAUAUCUAGAAGCUUGAUUACAGAGCCCAUUUUGUGCCGCGAGUCAAGACCAAUAAACACCGCGCCAGGAUGGGAGUCGAGGUCGAAACGAUAACAGCCGGAGACGGAAGCACUUUCCCCAAAAAAGGACAGACCUGCGUCGUGCACUAUGUUGGCUCUCUGACGAACGGCCACACAUUUGACUCCUCUCGGGACCGAGGCAAGCCGUUCAAAUUCAAGAUCGGCAAGCAGGAAGUUAUCCGCGGUUGGGAUGAUGGAGUGGCCCAGAUGAGUGUGGGCCAGCGAGCGAGGCUGACUUGCACCCCCGACUUUGCUUAUGGCAGCAAAGGCCACCCGGGCAUCAUCCCUCCCAACGCCACGCUCGUAUUCGAUGUGGAGCUUCUUGGCUUGGAGUAACAGUGCUGCAGAUCUUCUCAGGUUUUUCCCUAUUCAUACUUUCCGGGUCAAACAUUUUUGGGGGAACAUGGCCUCCUGCACGUGAUCCUUGAAAGGGGCUAGUGUUUUUAGAUUACCCCACUUAGCUUAGCUCUGUCAUCCAUUUGUAUAUUUUGUUACCCUUUUCCCCCUCCUUUCCUGUUCAUCAAUAUGCUCUCACCCACUGGAUGCUCAAUAUCAAAUCACCUCUGUUUUUCUCCCUGGUUUUUUUUAUUUCUUUUGUAUUUGAUUUCUGUAAACAUAUUCACAUCAACAGGGCUUUGGCUGAGCUGGUAGUCUGUACUCUGGUGGGAAAAUUUGGCUAAUUAUAAAAUGUUAAAGUAAUUGAAAAUAAAAAAAUUGUUUAUAAAAAGACAAAA